CUUAGCUUCUCUCCAAGAUGGCGGCGACCAUAGACAACAGCAAUGCCGUUCAGGCGACAAAGAGAAAGCACCUGGGGAUCCCCGAAGCUGUGUUCGUGGAGGAUGUCGACUCUUUUCUGAAGCAGCCGGGCAACGAGACGGCCGACUCGGCUCUGAGGAAGCUGGGCGAGCAGUACCAGAAAUAUAAAUACAUGGAGCUCAACCUGUCCCAGAAGAAACUCAGGUACGCUGGAAUUUUCUGACACCCACUCGGACAUGUCCUAUGUGUUCAUCAACGACUCGUCGCAGACCACCGUGCCGCUGCUGCAGGCCUGCAUCGAUGGAGACCUGCCGUUCGCCAAGCGGCUGCUGGAGACGGGCUGCGACCCCAACAACCGGGGCCGCACCGGCCUGCACCUGGCCGCCGCGCGUGGCAACGUGGACAUCUGCCGCCUGCUGCACAAGUUCGGGGCCGACCUGCUGGCGACGGACUACCAGGGGAACACGGCGCUGCACCUGUGCGGCCACGUGGACACGAUCCAGUUCCUGGUCUCCAACGGGCUGAAGAUCGAUAUCUGUAACCACAACGGCUCCACGCCGCUGGUGCUGGCCAAGAGACGCGGCGUCAACAAGGACGCCAUCCGCCUGCUGGAGGGCCUGGAGGAGCAGGAGGUGAAGGGCUUCAACCGCGGACCCCUCUCCUCCAAGCUGGAGACCAUGCAGAUGGCCGACAGCGAGAGUGAGUUGAUAUAAACCGUACACGCCUGGAUGUCAUAUGUCCAAAUGUGCAACAUAAGGAACCACAAGGAACCACCCCCUCCCUCCGUUUACCAGGAAACCACCUGCAUAGUUUGUACCUGUGCGACGUCAUGCAAUGGAACCUUCUAGAACCCAGAGCGUUCUCUGAGUUUUGGUGAAGAUGAGCGUUCAACGUUUCAGGAAGUGAGGAGGAGGAGACGCAGCACACAGGUCACCAUAUUAUUCUUUCUUCAACACUGAACACUAACGUGUUCAUGGGUCCAGAAUAGGGGCGAGAUCAAUGGAUUAUAUAUUAUAUAACUUACAUUAUUGUUGGAAUCAAGACGAUAAUUUGUUCACUUUCAAUCCGGAAUCUUCAUUAGUGUUUUAACAAAUUUUCACUGCUAACUUCUGGUUUGUAUUUUAAAGCAAAUCUGAGACUGAAGAUUCAGAUUCGGAUUUGAUAAUCCAAUCCUGCUUGUUGGAGCUAUUUAAUUUGACUUUUGUAUUUAGGUAGUCGGCGCGGAGCUACAGUCAGCUGAUAGCUGUUCCCCGGCGGUAACCGUGCAGCCGGGUGGUUGGGUAACUGUUCGCAGGAGUAGUAAGUCUACACAGAAGCCCGCUGUGCACCUUCUUACUCAGAAGGCGGCGCAGGUUCUGGUCCAGGCUCUGGUCAUUUCACGCCUUGACUACUGCAACUCCCUCCUGGCUGGUCUACUUGCUAAGGCCAUCCGACCUCUGGAGCUCAUCCAGAAUGCAGCAGCUCGACUGGACUUCAGCCUCCCGAAAUUCACCCACACCACUCCGCUCCUCCGCGCUCUCCACUGGUUACCGGUGGAGCAGCAUCCGCUUCAAAACACUGGUUCUGGCGUACCGUGCUCUGAACGGAUCGGGCCCCGUCUACAUCCGGGAUAUGGUCACACCGUACAC